UCGUUUAUAUACCCAUUUCCAUUGAUAUUGCCAUUGUCAUUGUCAUUGCCAUUGUCACUGCCUGUUGCGCUGCGUCCGCAUUGCGUUCAACAAACGAAACGAAACGAACUGAAAAUAGAAUUAACGUCCUCGAACUCGAGGCUCCAUAUAUAGAGAGAUCGUUGCACAGCAUGGAGGAAGUGAGAGAGCAAGAGGUCGCUCAAGUGCAAGAGCGGGAGAUUGGCAUGCAGCAGAAGCACCGCCAACACAUUUACAAAAACAUAGAGAAGCUUAUCAGAAUCACCGACUACAAUGUUAUAAUGACGGAAACCGUACGCAGAGGUCUGCUGUCGCCCGUGAUGCGCCGCAACAUUGAGGUUCUGCAGUUUAUGGGACAAUAUCAGAAUGAGGAGGAGGUGCAGCUAGAUCGGAGCCGAAAGUACUUUGAAAAGAUUACAAAGCGUGGACCCACUGCCUAUGCAGAGCUGAAGGCUAUUCUUAGGAGUUUGAAGUACAUUGAAGCAUUGCGUAUACUAGAAGAGAUCGACCCACCGAACAAUGAGUUCGUAUCGUUGAGCCGUGCGCAUUCCAAUAAAUCCACGGAUAUUGUUGACAAUCGUGUCAGUGAACCGCCCGACGAUCAGCCAAGUGUUAGUAGGAAAAUCGUCUUGCAUAAUGAUGCAGAUGGUCCUUUAAAGCCCUUCGUUGGGGAAUUGAGUGGCCAAAAUCGGCAGGUUAUCAAGUCUACUCGGAUUCACACUGACAAUGUGCUGGGCGCAUACACCAUGAAGUCGAAGCACAAUCGCGGCGUUCUCUUCAUUGUGAACAUCAUUGACUUCCCGGAUCCCGGAAAAAAACGAAAUGGUGCAGAUAUAGACAGUGAAUCGUUGAUACACAUCUUCCGUGAAAUUGGAUUCACGACGUUCUAUUACAAGAAUCUCAAUCAAACGGAGUUCUUCAAGACGCUCCACGAACUAACUAACUCGGAUUAUGUGCGCGAUACAGAGUGCUUUGUCAUGGUGCUGAUGACGCACGGCGAGCGCAUCGAGGAAGUGGACAAAGUGAUCUUUAGCGAUAACUCUGUGAUCAAUGUGAAGACAAUCAUCAAUCACUUCCAGCCUGGAAGUUGUCCCCAUUUGCUACACAAGCCCAAGGUGCUUAUAUUUCCAUUUUGUCGUGGCGAGACUCCAGAUCAUGGAAAGUAUUUAACCCACUCAUUGAACAUGAGGAUGACGAGCUUGCGCAUUCAAACCGACGGCAUGCCUUUUGACAAUGUGCCAACACUAUCGGAUAUUUUGGUAUGCUAUGCCACAAUGCCCGGCUUCCAGACCCAUCGGGAUCCCGAUGAAGGCAGCUGGUACAUUCAAAAGUUCUGUGAUACAAUGGCCGAGCAUGCACACGACACCUCGUUGGAGGACAUUCUGAAAAAGACGCAGGCGUUGGUGGGCAACAUGCGUACCAGGCAUGGCCACUUGCAGAUGGGCGCCUACGACAACCUGGGCUUCAAUAAGAAGCUCUACUUCAAUCCGGGCUUCACCGACUAGAUUACUCUCUAUAUCAAUUGACGAGCACAAAUGGAAGCGUUCCCAUUCGACUGAAUUGCAUUUAUACUUGUCGUCUCAUUUUGUAUAUGUAAUUAUAUUUUAAAUUGUAUAUUAAUGUUC